AUGAGUGCUAUAACAAUUCUACAGGCGGAAGUCGGAGCAAAAAUAAGUGGCGAUACAAAUAGCAAAUCUUUCAACUUGCUAUACAGCGCAUCCCAAAAUAUAGAUGUUGAGGAAUUUCAUGUUAAAUGUGAUUCGAAAGGUCCAACUGUGACACUUUUACAUGGAAAGUACAACACUUUGUUUGGUGGCUAUCCCUCCAAAAACUGGACUUCAACUGAAAGACAAACAAAAGAAGAUGCUAAUGCUUUCUUGUUUUACAAGGAUAAAACUCAAUGGGCAAAAUGCGAAUUUCUGCCAGUUAAAAAAUGCAAAAAACAUAAAGCCAUAACAUGUGAUGCACUCUUUUGUCCAACAUUUGGCGGAGUCUCUAAGAAAAAAUACGACCUUCAAGUAUUAAUAAAGGACAAGAAUGCUCAGUCGAAACAUUCAUCUGAACGGGACGUUGAAAAAAGCGAUAAAACAUUAAAGAAACAAAUUACUGACAUUCGAGGAAUUAAAGAACGGAGUGGUCUCGACAGAGAGUUUGAUCAUCUGCUAAAUGGCGAGUUACCAGAAGGUUAUAAA